UCGUUGAAUACGUUCGUUUUUCCCUCGAAUAAUUUAUCACACUAGCGAGAAUACAAUCAUUGAUUAUGGAUAGUACUAUCUAUAUCAAUUAAACGGUUAGUGAAAUGCGCUCGUUCGUUGUAUUACUUGUAUAUAUUUUGUUUAUCAAUUAAUUUUAAACAUAAAAACAACAUAGUAGUUUGCUGUUCUUAACUUUUCGUUACUUAAAAUUAACAUGACUACUGAAGCAGAUUUAUUGAUUAAAAUUUUACAACGAGAAAUCUGUAGAAGAGCUGAAAAUGUUACUUCUACUUUCAAAAAUCUUAAAGGGAACAAAAAUAAUAAACUAUUAUUGAAAAAAAAAAAAAAAAAAAAACCUAGUAAGGAAAUUGCUUUGGCAAAUGAUACUGUUCUACCAAAAAAAGUAAAAAAAUGUAAACAUCCAUCUGUUAGUUAUGUGGAUACAGAUGAUAUACUUCAUGAAAAAAUUGACACACAUGGUAUUUGUGAAAAGCCGUUCCAAUGUAGUUCUGUUUCAAAUAUACACCAGACAAAGAAUUGUCCAGUGUACAAUGAUGUUGCUGCUGCUACUUUAACUUUAAAUAAUUCAGAAAAUAUUGAAAUUGAUGGUUUAUUGUGAGUAUAUAUAUAUUUAUAAUACAAUUAAUAUAUGGGCUUGUCCAAAUUACACAGGAGCUUUUUUGAUUCUCAGUAGUAUUUGUUUUAAAAUGCUUAGAUCUAUUUUAAAUUUUGUAGAUUAAAUAUUACUUAAGUUAAAUUA